CCUGAAGGGCUCCUGUCCCCGAGGCAUGAAUUCCUGACAUUCUCUGUGAAGGGACGAGAUGGGAGGUGGGGGAAGGGCAGAGGGUACAAGCUCCACCUAGGGCAGUGGCCACAGCAGGAAAAGGGGCAGACAGAACCAGGAGCCCGGGAAGGAAGCAUGAUGCCAACAGGGACAGCAGCUGGAGCCUGGGCGCUGGUCCUUGCUCUGUGGGGAGCCGUGGUUGGUGGUCAGAACAUCACAGCCCGGAUUGGAGAGCCUCUUGUGCUGAGCUGUAAGGGGGCCCCUAAGAAACCACCCCAGCAGCUAGAAUGGAAACUGAACACGGGCCGGACUGAAGCUUGGAAGGUCCUGUCUCCCCAGGGAGGACCCUGGGACAGCGUGGCUCGAAUCCUCCCCAACGGUUCCCUCCUUCUACCAGCUAUUGGAAUCGUUGAUGAGGGGACUUUCCGGUGUCGGGCAAUAAACAGGCAUGGAAAGGAGGUCAAGUCCAACUACCGCGUCCGAGUCUACCAGAUUCCUGGGAAGCCAGAAAUUGUGGAUGCUGCCUCUGAACUCACAGCUGGUGUCCCUAAUAAGGUACAGAAAAACAGGAAAUAGGAAGGGUCUCCAUUCUUCCUCCAGGUGGGGACAUGUGUGUCAGAGGGAAGCUACCCUGCAGGGACCCUUAGCUGGCACUUGGAUGGGAAACCCCUGAUUCCUGAUGGCAAAGGAACGAUCGUGAAGGAAGAGACCAGGAGACACCCGGAGACGGGGCUCUUCACACUACAGUCAGAGCUGACAGUGACCCCAGCCCAAGGAGGAACCGACCAUCCUACCUUCUCUUGUAGCUUCUCUCUGGGCCUUCCCCGGCGCAGACCCUUGAACACAGCCCCCAUCCAGCCCCGUGUCAGGGAGCUGGUGCCUCCAGAGGGGAUUCAGCUGUUGGUUGAGCCAGAAGGCGGAACCGUGGCUCCUGGUGGGACUGUGACCCUGACCUGUGUCAUCUCUGCUCAGCCCCCUCCUAAGAUUCACUGGAUAAAGGAUGGUACACCCCUGCCCCUUGACCCCAGCCCUGUGCUGCACCUCCCUGAGGUAGGGCAUGAGGAUGAGGGCAUCUACAGCUGUGCCGCCACCCACCCUAGCCACGGGCCUCAGGAAAGCCCUCCUGUCAGCAUCAGCAUCACAGAAACAGGCGAGGAGAGGCCAGCUGCAGGCUCUGUGGGGGGGUCUGCACUGGGAACGCUAGCCCUGGCCCUGGGGAUCCUGGGAGGCCUGGGAAUAGCCACCCUGCUCAUUGGGGCCAUCCUGUGGCGAAAACGGCAACCCAGAGGAGAAGAGAGGAAGGCCCCGGAAAACCAGGAGGACGAGGAGGAACGUGCAGAGCUGAAUCAGUCAGAGGAUGCUGAAACAGCAGAGAACGGGGCGGGAGGACCUUAGGAGAGCCAGGCAGACCUUGUCCACCAGCUCCUUCGCCUUCCUCCUGGAGCUGUGCUGGCCCCCGGCCAGCUCUCCCAUGUAUGAUCCCUAUUCCACCUCAAUACACUUCUACAACCAGAGCCCACCUGACCCAUGCUGAGUAAACACCUGACACAUGUCUCCUACCCGUUGUCUGUGUGUGAGAGAAGCAACCUCACCCCUGUAUCCCUGAGAGCCCUGCAGGGGAGGGGCUCAUCCAUGC